AUGGCGGAUGUAACGCCAUCCAGCGCGGCGGAGCCUCUGUACCAAGUGAGACUCUUAGCAGCAUUGAGGAAUGGCGACGCCGCUCUCAUUCACCAGCUGCUCUCGGAAAUUGGGAAAGACAAACGGAAAGGUGCAAGUGAUGAUUUCGACAUUGGCGCAGCAGCUCUCCACCUUGCCAUCCGAUGUGCCUCCACUGAUACUAUUGCGCUCCUACUGUCUAAUCGAUCAAUAUCGCCAAAUGCCGUGUAUCCGCACGGGUCGGGCACGACUGCGCUGCAUUUGGCCGCGUCAAUAGGAAGAGCGGACGUGGUCAACUUGUUACUUGAACAAGAGGGUAUAGACGAUACGCUUCGAGAUGCACAUGGACGAACAUGUAAAGAUGUAGCACGAGGAGUAGCGCGAGGGAAAGAGGUACAUAAAGUUAUUAAUGACUCGCGAUCGCUUUUAACCGCAACGUAUAGGUCACGUCUGCAUUCUUACAUAGCCUCGCCGCAGAAUCAAGGCCCUCCGCAGGAUCUAGUUGAUUUAUUGCAUUCGCCUCGAGUGCGCCUUGUUGACCUUUCGUACCUUGAUCCUUCGACUGGCCGGUCCUUGUUGCAUGAAGCAGCACUUCGGAAGGACCUCAGUCUUAUUGAUCUCAGUAUCAAAGCGGGCGCAGAUGUCUUUGUCCGUGAUAGGCGUGGUAAAUCUGUCGUAGAAAGUGUUAGUGGGAGUAAGGAUGAUAAAGUGCGCGUGUUUCUGCGCCAAUUUACGAAUCAUGACGCGAGUCUCCUGGAUCAGGCUACUACGAGCACGGAGCCACCGACUUUGAAGGGGUAUCUAAGCAAGUAUACGAAUGUAGCGAAAGGUUAUAAUACGCGAUGGUUUGUACUGAAGAAUGGUGUUCUGUCAUAUUAUCGGCAUCAGGAUGAUGAACAUGUUGCAUCGCGUGGUUCAAUUGCCAUGAAGUCAGCGACAUUAGUUCACCCUGGAGCGGACAAACUGCGAUUUGAGGUGCACUCUACUCCCGGCCGUGGGCAACAGAGAUGGUAUUUGAAAGGAAGCCAUGCAGUUGAAGUCGGUCGAUGGAUACAAGCUAUAGCACGAAGUAUUGAACUUACUCGGCGCGAUGGUGGAAGUAUCCAAACUCAGAGUGGAAGUGAAAGCGAGACGCGUAGCCUCAGACAACUCGGGGCGAAUAUUAGAACAUCAAUUUCAUCCCGGAAAGUUAACAAAGCCUCUACUCCGUCAAUUAAUAGUUCUCUAGACGAAAAGAGCAAUGCGAACUUGGUCGAGAGUGACGAACGUGUUGAAGGGGUAGUUGAAGACGAAGAGCGAAAAGACGAAGACGACCAAAAUGAAGACGAUUCCUCCGAUGCACGUUCCCAACUCACUCCGCCUCAUGAGGCAGAAUUUACCUUGCAAGGCAACGCUACGGCUGCGCAGGUCGAACUUACUGCUCAGUUGUCGACAUCACUCGUCCUUCCAGCGGACGCACCUGUCGCUUUGCGUGAGGUGCGUGUUGCUCUUGAGGAUUCUGCACAGGCGGCUUCACGAAUGGUUGGUGAUUUUGUACGCAUGGCGGCGGAGCGCGAGGACUGGUGGCGCGAAAAGCUUGCGCGUGAACGAGCACGCGGUACUCUGUGGGAGGAGUCUCUACAAGUUGUCGUUAAGGAGGGUGCGGCACUUGAAGAAGAGCUGAAGAGUCGGUCUCGAGCACGCCGUCGAUCUAGUAGAAUAUCAGAGGAUCGUUCAGGGCGGACAAGUCUGGAGAUCACUAGAUCAACGCUUCGCAUGCGCGGGAGCUUAACGUCUGGAAUGUUCUCUCCCCCAGCAUUUCGUCUUGACCAGCCACCGUCUUCACGAGCGGUAUCGGGACUACCGUCGCCGAGUGAGUCGGGUGUUCCGGAAAGGGGUGAGAUUCAUGCUGAACCUGCGCCUAUUACUCUUCCUCCGUCCUUACAAGAGGAUGUGGAGGAUUUGGUAUCCACAGACGAAGAGGAUGAGUUCUUCGACGCCAUAGAAUCAAAUCAACUUCCGAACGUGGUUGUUCCCGAUGCGCUUGUCAAGCCAACGCCUAUGGGCACUGGUCUCCUUAUUAAACUUGAUCAAUUUGGGAGCUAUCAACACCUGCGGGACAGGCUUCCGAUCGAGAAGGAUACACGACCUCCAACAAGCCUGUGGAGCGUGUUGAAGCACUCUAUCGGAAAGGAUCUGACGAAGAUUAGUUUCCCGGUUUUCUUCAAUGAACCUACAAGUAUGCUACAGAGAAUGGCGGAAGACAUGGAGUUCUCUGAAUGCCUUGAUGCGGCCGUCGCCGAGUCUGACCCACAAAAGCGGAUAGCCUUCGUUGCAGCGUUUGCUAUGUCGAACUACUCCAGCACAAUUGGUCGGAUUGCGAAACCAUUUAAUCCCAUGCUUAGUGAAACGUUCGAAUACGUUCGAAUAGACAAGAAAUACCGCUACGUGUCUGAGCAGGUCAGUCACCAUCCGCCUGUAUCGGCCUGUUGGGCGGAGUCACCAAAUUGGCACUACUUCGGCGAAGUUGACGCGCAAAAUAAAUUUAUGGGGAAAUCGUUCGAGAUUCGGCCGACCGGUGUAGCUCAUGCAGAACUGUUAAUUCCGGAGAAGCUUGGUACUCCAGACUACCCGAAGGCGAAAGGACCUCUAGGUCAAGGGAAGGUCGUCGAGCAUUAUAGCUGGAAGAAGGUCACUACAAAUGUUUCUGGUUUUAUCAUGGGGUCUCCUACAAUUGACCAUUAUGGUGAUAUGACUGUGGUAAACCAUAGAACGGGGGACACGUGCAUAUUGACUUUCAAACCGAGGGGCUGGCGCGGAAAAGAUGCUUUCGAGAUUCUUGGCCGCGUUAUGGACGCUGAAGGUAAUGUGACGUAUGAGAUUGCAGGACGCUGGAAUAGUCAACUUGUCGCUCGAGCAGUCGGAGCCGGAUAUGGUGUUCUGCAUCCCGACGUAUCAAUUCAGUCACCUGCUUCUCCAUCUACACAGGAGUUUAUUUUGUUAUGGCGAAAUUCUGAGAAGCCACCUGCACCAUUUAACUUGACACCUUUUGCGAUUACACUCAACGACCUGCCGAACGACUUGAAGCCAGUGCUCUGCCCGACAGAUUGUCGUCUACGACCUGACCAACGUGCAUUCGAGCUUGGCAAAUACGAACGUGCGAACGAGCUGAAGGGAUUACAGGAAGAUUUCCAGCGUGCUACACGUCGUGCCAGAGAAGAAGGCCGUGCAGCGCCACAUAAACCACGAUGGUUUGAAGCCAAGACGGAAUCUGAUACUGGAGAGCGAGUGUGGGAGCCGUACAGAGCUUCUAGCGGUGAAGUGGCAUAUUGGAAGGAGAGAGAAGAUGUAUGGAGGGCUUAUGGACCAUGGAAGUACGUUGAGCGUAUUUUUAUUGAAGACGAGACCUAA